AUCAUCAUCAAAAGCUCAAAGAAUGAUAAUUGAUGAAAAAAAAUUGAAAACAUUUUUAACCAUUCAUAAGUGCGAUUGAUUCUUUUUUUUGUGGUCAACAAAAUUUGUUUCUCUAACUCUGGAGAAAAAAAAUGUAUUCCAUAAUCAUCAAAAAUGUCCACAAUUGUGUCACCAUCUUCAUAUUGAUGGCCAUCAUCGUUACGCAAGUACAACAAGCAAAAGCAGCCACCACAACAGCCGAAGAAGAUAAAAUAAAACAACAAUAUCUUGAUGAGGCUGAAAAAAUUGAUGAAAAAGCAAGAAAAUUGAUUGAAAAAUUUGAAAAUAAUAAAAAUAUCCAAAAUCAAACUGAUUUAGAUGAUCAAAUAUGGCGUUUGAAAACGGAAAUAAUUGAAUUGGAAAAAUCGAUACGAUUCAUGAAAGAAACCGAUAUACGACAAACUGAUCAAUGGAAUUUUUCAAUCAAACAAUUGAAAAAACAUGAAACCAAUGUCAACGAUAUGAUUGAAAUGCUACAACAUCAUUAUAAUUUGGCUUUUUCCCUAUUAUUGGAUCGAAAAUUAUUAGCCAUCACCAUUGUAAUAAUCAUUGUUUCAUCAACAUUUUUUUGAUGAAUUGACAAAAUAAAUAGCUCUUAUUAUAGAGAGAAAAAACAAA